UAUACACCAAACAGUGUGAGACUGAGACUGUGUAAGUUAAAAAACUAGCUUUAAACUCUUUUUUCUCUCUAUCUCUCUCCUCUAAACAAGAAAAGAAAAGUUCUCUCUUUUUACUCAUCUUCAUCUUCAACUACUUUAAUGGAAGAAUUAUCCAACUGAAAGCCCCAAGAAUUUCUUCAAACAUUUUUCCAUCAAAGAUCUCUUUCUAUUUUUGUUUUAAAAAAAAUGGUGGUGAACAAAGAAUCAACACCUCCACCAUUGAUUGGUAAAGCUGGUAGAUACACUGUAUUUAUAACACCACCUGCAACCCCAAAACAGCCAUCAUCUGAAACUAAAUCAACCAAACCCAUAUCUCUAACUAGACUCUCAUCUGAUACUCCAAAACCCUUCAAAUCUCAUGAUGAUGAUUCUCCUAGUAAAGUGCAAUCACCAGUGACUCCAAAACAAACAUUUGAAACUAAAUCUGAUACUCUUAAGGUUCCUACCCAUACUGCUAAAAUUGUACCUCCACCAGUUUUGCCUCCUCCCAAACAGUUUGACAGUGUUAAAUCUUCAUCGGGUGGUGAUGGUUCUAUGUUUGGGUUCUUUUGGAAUGCUGUUGCUAAAGUACAAGAUGCACAUUCAAGUUUGGAUGAGUAUUUAGCUCAUUGGUUUGGGUUGAAUCAUUCUAAGUAUCAAUGGGCUCUGGAUGAUUACUAUGAAAGCCAAGGAAUGGGUAAAGGAGACCAAAAAUCAAAAGAACUUGUGUCCAAAGAACAAAAUGUUUAAUAUGCUCAAGACAGGUAUGCUGGAUCUAGUAAGGAAUUCUAAAACCUCACUAUAUAUGUAGUAGCGAUGUCUAAAAGCAGCAUUGUUAGAAAAUCUCAUGCAUGGAAUGAAGAAAAGAUCUUCAUUCAAACCUUCCAUGCUGUUGUUAUUAUUAUUAUUAUCUGCCACCUCUUGUGCUGCAGCAUCUAAUUUUGUUUGUUUAUUUAAUAGGCUGUAAGCAUCAUUCGCAACGGCUGUUUUGUGCUUAAGCAUUUUUUUUUCCUGUUCUUGAGUGUGUAAGUACCCUAUAUGUAUGUAGUUCAUAGCAGGACAAAUUACUACUAGGAAAGAAUGAAACAUACAUAAAAUGUUUGAGUCUCUCUUUUCUUGAUGCAGAAUGUGCAAAUUUUCUGUUUCUAUAUUCCAUUGUCUACUAAAUAUACAUGAAGACGAAUCAAUCUAAAUAGUAUCUGAUUAAGUUUAGAAUGAGAGAUCAUGGCUUCAUCUUGACUUUGCUUGCAUUUCAUAUUUCUCUAUAAUUGGUUUUGAAUUCUUGUACCAA